GCACCGUAUACGUUGAGCGGUGUAGUUAGAUGAGCGCUGCGCUCGUGAGAGCCAGAGAGCUCCGGUUUUGACGCGGAACAGAUAAUAAAAAAAGGUAUCGAAGAGAGACAGAGUCGGAGAGGAGAAAAUCGGGGUUAAAUACGCUAGAUUCGUGUGCCAGUUCACCGAGUGUGUGUGUGUUAGAAAUAAAUAAAAGAUCGAAAAAUAGGAGCUACGGAAUACGGAAUAAACAGACGGGGGUGACAGACAGAAAGAAAGGGAGAGAGUAGUAGGCGGAGUAUGGGCACGUGUGUAUAUUAGCCACGACAUUUGAGGAAACUAGGCAAAUAUUUGGAACGUUCUAGUUUCGAUUUUCUCGAAUGAACCACGAAAGACCUAUUUUUAUUUCGAGAUAUUAAUUAUUUCGUUUCGUUUAUUUUUUAUCUAAUCUUAACGUUUUUCACGCUUUCGGCAUUUGGUAGCUCAAUCGUAAGCUAUAAGUACGGACGAUCGCAAAAGUCGUUCAGGCUACUAGCUCUCGCUUCUUACUAAUCGGACUCUCCGCUUCGUACGUCCAUUCGUCUAUCUCCUACAAGGUGUGUUUGUAUGUGCACGGGCCUUGGCUUAUCGUAGCACGACUAAAAAGACAAAGAAAGAGAGCGAGGAGCAGCCGAACGGACGUCGCAGCUGCCUAGUGGCCGCAGACUUUUCUCAAUGCGACAAAGCACCCUUCUCCCCUUUGGCCCUCCCGCGGCGUUUUCCCCCACCCCCUCUCGGCGCCUACUGCGCGAAUCUUCGUCUAUAAAUAUUGCGGAAAUUCGUGUCUUUUGUGGAGAAUAAAAAUUUGGUGCUUUUUUGUUCAUUUUCGUCGAAUUCUGUCCUCACUCUCGCCGAUAUCGUUGUGCCAUACGCGCGCUGUGACCCAAUUCUCGCGCUCUCGAGGGUGUUUCCGCAUAUAAACCAGUUUCUUCGCUCAUACUCGAAUACCUUCGUUCAGUGAUUUCGGGUUUGUGCUUCGCCGUUAAGGGCGCCGAACAACGUGCUUGCGCGGGGCGUACUUGCGUCCAACGUCGCCAAAAAUAAAGAUCCUCCGCAUUAUCUUUAAGGGGACUGACCUCGUUCUCCGAGAGGCGAUUGGUGGCGCGGUAUCUAAAAAAUUGAUCCAAUAAUGCCGAUCGUCUUUCUGGACCGGUUGCCGGUCCCAAGCUUUCGGGCCUACACGACGAUAAGCGUCGCCAUUUUGUCCUGCUCCGUCUAUUACGCUGCACAAAUCGUCAAGGAUCCGUCGUGGCGCAGCAAUGCGACGAAUAUCGUCAUCGACGAGGGCAACGUGCCGGGAAACGAGAGUACGACGGACACGCGAACUCCCGGAAUCCACUUUAAGGAGCUGCUGGCCUGCAUGAUCCAGGAACCGGUUUGUUUUUGGCCACUGAUGAAUAUGGCUUACUGCGCCCUCAUACUUUUGGGCAAAUCAAUACAGAGGCUCGUUUUUGGGGAGUUACGCCCCUCCGAGCGUCAACAUCUCAAGGACAAAUUUGGGAAUUUCGUAUUCUACAAAUUUAUCUUUGUGUUUGGUGUACUUAACGUUCAGUACGUGGACGAGGUCGUUUUGUGGUGGGCAUGGUUCACAGCACUCGGUUUUCUCGGCCUUCUAAGUCAGCUGUGCAAGGAUCGAUUCGUAUACCUGUCAUUCUCACCGACGACUCCAGGCUGGAGUCACGCUCGCCUUUUGGGACUACUCGCAGCGAUCCUGGCACUGUCCUCGUUCAUGCUUCUCCUAUCGACCGCGGCGGCCUUCUUUUUCGUGUCCUUGAACACUUACGCAUUCAUGGCAGCCGAGUGCGUACUAUUGGCAGUUAGAACGAUUCACGUGAUGUUGCGAUACGCCAUACAUCUUUACGACACCCGUUCGUCGCCAAGAUCGUCGGAUAAACGGGGCCCUUUGGCUUAUUACACAGAGCUUAUUUCCGAGCUGACUGUACUCGGGGUCGAUUUUUUCCAUCACAUUCACAUGCUGCUCUGGAGUAAUAUUCUACUCAGUAUGGCGUCCCUUGUCAUAUGCAUGCAAUUGCGAUAUCUCUUCCAUGAGAUACAACGGAGAAUCACGAAACACCGAAAUUAUUUGGCGGUUCUCAGCCAUAUGGAACAAAACUAUCCUAUGGCUUCGCCCGACGAAUUGGCUGAAAACUCCGACAGCUGCGCCAUCUGCUGGGAAAAAAUGGAAACCGCACGAAAAUUACCUUGCGGACACUUGUUCCACAACUCGUGUCUGCAGUCCUGGCUCGAACAAGAUACGUCGUGUCCAACGUGUCGUUUGGUACUUAGCAUGCAAGCCAACCGAAGAGAUAAUAAUACAGAAAUGAGGCCUGAGUCACCCGAUACUCAGACUUCGGUUGGACGCAACGACAAUCAUUUUUUUCAUUUCGAUGGCUCGAGAUACGUGUCCUGGUUGCCGAGCUUUUCCGUAGAGGUCACUCACAAUCGACUCAGGGGCGACAUACUCACUUUGGCGCACACCAACUCCCAGCUCGAUGCCAUGGCGAGACAAGUGCAACAACUUUUUCCACAUUAUCCGCGAAACGUUGUUCUCGAAGACCUCAGAAUAACGAGAUCGGUCGAAUUGACCGUCGAGAAUAUUUUCGACGGUCGGCUGACGGUCCCUCAUCACGUGAUAGAGGAACCGGAAAUGGAGUCGGUGAAUCUCACGCCAUCGGUUACCAGCCGAAUAUUGCCGAAUCCUCUUGCUGAAAAGACGUGGGAUCCGAGUUUUGAAAUUCCCGCGGCUGACAGCGGUGAGGAGCCUUCGACGUUAGGCGGAAGAUUCUCAAAGUCAUCUUCGGAGAGGGAGAGAAUUCUUCAGCGUCGUAAGGAGCAUAUGCUGCUGGCAGCGAGACGAAAAUACGUCGAGAGGCAUCGGGAUCACGCGACCGAUUCACCGAACCGAACGCCUCGAGGCGCUGAGGAGACGAUGUCUUAAAAAUCGCCUGGAGCAGCGAAACAAUCGAAUAACAAAAGAGACAAACAAGAUAGUCAAAAAAAUAAAAAUGGAAACGCCGAUUUUGGUACUAAGGCGGCAUAAAGUGACUAAAAAGAAUAAUAAUGAACUUAGGCUUUGAGCUUGGUAGCUGAGAGAAAUGGAAAUAAAAACAAAACGGACCCCGCGAGGCCUGAAUAAAUUGCAGAGAGACGGAAGAAUUUUCCUCUUUAUUUAAUUUUUUUUUUUCGAGUAACGACGUAUCGUGUACUCGCGACUGAUGACUUCCGUCUAAAACAGCAUCGGUUUGUUUAAUUUCUCUCCAAAAACCGCGAACUUGUCUGUCGAAUGAAGAGAAACAAAAUUAUUGUGAGCUAAAAAAUUGUCUCGCGCAGAGAUGAGUACUGUUUGAACUAAAAUUGAUUGAAUAAACGAACAUAAUUCAGGUAGAUUUUCUAUCAAAAUAGAACCAAAAAAAAUCAUUUUUUCUUGACGAUUCAUCAGUUUUUUGAAUUCACUAAUCGGGGAAUCAUUUGACCCAUUUUUUUUUUCAAUUAAUCUUUUUUCUUGUCCAUUGCGCCUGUUUUUUUUUGUACUAUUUUCUUUUCGAACGAUGCCCAUCUCUGAUGAUUACUACAAAAUAUGGUACACGAUUUGAGUGGGUUUUUGAGGUUAGCUUCCGUAAAAGUGCAGCUUUCGACCCCUCUCCCUGCCCCCACGAUUUUUCCAUCUAACAUUUCUAGAAUUUGUCAACAACUUAUUGAUUACAAAGUUGCUGAUCGUAGGCUGUGUCUUUAUGCAAAGUUCUACUUAAAAAUAGCCCCCGAAAUCAAGUGGACCGUCGAAAAACCAGGUCUAGCCACGCGCCCACGCAAUCGAGUCUCCGAGAACGAAAAAGUCAAGAUAUUUGCUCCCCGAUCUCAAAAAUAUAUAAGUAAUCUACAUCUAAUCUUAUUUUAGCGUAAUAUUAAUUGCUCGCGCUUCUGCGGACUCGUCCCAACCUCGAAAUGACAAAUAACAGAACGAACUGGCGGCUCUCGUUCUGAUCGGUUGAAAAACUGGUGAUGGCCGUUGAAAUCGCGCCGCAUUGUCGCGGCAGCUCCGGACGUGGAAUUUCGAGGUUACAAUACGAUAUUAGGGUUGGAGACUAAAAAAACAAUGAUAUUUCAUGAUAACAGAGGUUUCUCGUUAAUUUGAAACUCGUACUUUACCAUUUGCUUUAUGGUAAAGCGAAAGAAAGCAUUUUCGAUACUUUUCAAUCUCAAAUAUUGUCAUAAAUUGCAAGGAUUUCGAUCGAACCAUAAAACGUUUCAUAAUACAUGGCUUAUAUUCCUGCAGCUCCCCCAGAAAUUUCAUUCUUCAUUUCACAAAAUGAAUAAAAAAAGAUAAAAACAUUGCCCACCUAAUUAUUCAUGCUCAUGUGCCAAGUUAGAGAAAAAAUCCCCAGUUCUCCUUCCAGUUGUUGCUUCGAUAUAUGUUUCCCACUUUAAGGGGGAGGGGCUUAAAUAAGUCACUUUGGAAAUCACUCUUUUUAUUCUAGAUUCAUUACAAAAUGUAGAUUUAAAAAGAAAACCCCGUUCUCGAAUCACUGUAACUUCGAUCUGAACAUUUGUGAAAUAUUGAAACAUGGUCACCGUUGGAAUGAGAAUUUUCAGGACAUUUGGGACAAAACCGCUAUUGAUAAUUUUUGGUUGUUUUUUUUUUUUAUCACUGAGAAUGUUUAAAAAUUUUUUUUUUUCAAAAUGAUCUAGAAACGAUUUUCCAUCGUUAUUACUGUUCCAACGAUGCCCAUCACAGAAUUUAACUCUUUCGCCGAAUGAUAUACCAUUGAGUUUGUCACAAAACGAAGGUAUUCGAGAUUUUCAUGUUUUUCUCUUUUUUGAAAAUUGGCGAGAAGUCAGAGUGGCAAAUGUGAAGAGCAUGUUUUCCGUUCGGACAAUGUACUUUAAUAGAAACCGCUAUUACUGCUGUUAUUAUUAUUAUCAUUAUUAUUGUUAUACAAUUAAAGCACUGAUGACAUUGUUCAUACUAUUCUGAAUUAUAAAAAACACGAGUCGAUGUAACAUAGAUUUAAUCACUUUAUUUAAGAUUUUAUUCCUUUUAUUUACUGUGGCUGUUCGGAGAUACGAACUUGAAGUUGAAAAUUAAACGAAGUGGUCAAAUGGCAGCUUUCAACUUUGAAGUCAAAAUUUGUAAUUGAUGCGGAUUUCUUACUUGCUCAGUUGAUUCAUGUGCUCUUCCAUUAUUUGCAGUAUCCUCGAGCGGCCAUAUUUCCGUGUUUAAUGUUUUCACAAGAUGGCGGUUUUACUUUUGUUUUUCGCCAAAAAUCAUCGGUGAAAAAACGACGUUGUUUCAUAAAAAAAUAAACAAAGUAUUCGUUUUUUUUUUUUUUAAUUAUCUCUUAUUUAUUGUAAAUGUACAAAGAGCUCGUACGAAUGUCAUUAUAUAUAAUAAGCAGAGAAAAGGAACGAGAAGAAAUACAGCCAAUGACGUCGUUCGCAGUUUGUUGGAUGUGAUAAAAUUGAAUCUUGACGUACGGCAUCACCAAUUUGAAAAAAUCGCAAAAGCGAAAUAGGUGUGUGUUCGUACGAGCAGUAUUCACGUAUUAUUUAAUAAUGAUGAUAAUAACGAUAAUGGUAUAAUAAAUAACCAAUAAUGAAUAAAAAAUCGAAACCGCGCAUCUAACCACAAAACUCACAGAAAAAUACUUCUUAUUACUAUAGUAUUAAUGGAUCUAUUUAUUGCCUAUAGAAUCAUUUUAAGAAAUAGGGAGGAAAAACUAGAAACAUAAGGUUAUGAUGUACAAAGCAAAUUCGAUUGUAUGGCAAUGAUUUAACAUCUCGAGCUUUUUCCGCAUUUCUAUGGUCGCUUUGUGUGUCAUAUUAAAAAUGAAAGCUUCGAUGCUCGUUGUACUUUUUCUUUUAAGAUACCACAAUGUGGACGUACGAUUAAAAAUCAACAGAAACCAGAAAAAAAUAACUAAAAAUCCCUGCGUAUCGAACUUAUCAGUUUUUCGUUUUACUCUCCGAUGGAUCGACCAUAUUACGUCGUUGCCCAAAUACUAUAACAUUGUAUUUAUCCUUCCACGAUAUAUCUUUGUAAAUAUUAUGCGAGGUUAGAAAUUCCUGAUAUUACCAAUGAGCAAGCCUGUCCUUCAUUUAGGGAUAUAUGUAAGAAAAGACAAAUAAAUACACUAUUAAUUGUUGUAGUUA